AUGCUCGCUGGCCGCUACCCCUUCCCGCGCCCCACCACUGCGGACGGCGUCGGCGCCAUGGUGCGCCUGAUGGCGGCCUGCCAGUACGAGGUGCCCGAGUUCCUCGGCCUGAGCGAGGGGUGCAAGGGGCUGCUGAGGCGGCUGCUGGAGCCGGAUCCUGCUGCAAGAAUCGGACUUGAGGAUGUCAUGCAGGACCCCUGGUUCAUCAGCCACCUGCCGCCGGGCGCCCACACCAUGAACUCCCGCGCCCUCGAGUCCGACGCGUCCCCCGACGCGGCCGCCGCCCGCGCGGCCUCGGAAGCCCGCAUCCGCUCGAUCGUCGCCGCGGCGGUGGCGGGGCCCGGGCCGCAGGGGUGCUCCUGGGACGGGUUCAGCCCAGAGGGGCAGCCUCAUGAGUUGGGUGCCAGCGUGGGCCCAAGCGAGGGCCAGGUGGGCGCGUGA